AUGAAAAUCGACGCCCUGCUGGAGACUCUAAGGGACCUCGAUGGGUCUCAGAAUCUUGACGUUGACUGCAAGAAAUUUGGACCCCAAGUUUUAGAGAAGCAGAUAAACUGUACGCAAAUACGAACUCCCCCCAGCAAAAUAAUCUCUCAGGGAGAGGAGCGUGGAGAACUGGUCGAGUCCGAUACAACAUGUCCAGAUGUCCGGCCAAGGGUAACCCUCUCCCGUACUGGAAAUGGAAAUCGGAAACGAAGGGAAUGGCGGUCAAUAUGUCGCAACCGUUUGUCACGACAUAUCGGAGAAAGCCUAGGAAUCCAGGUCAAGCCGUCUGAAGUACGUCUUAAAGCUGGUGACGAAUACGCGCCGUAUGCAUGGCAAAUCGAUGAUCCUUCAAUAAAGCCGCUCUUUGACAAACAGAUAAGUAAGCACUCUGUUGGUGCAUAUAUAGCACUGUACCAAUAUGUUGGGCGUUCUUUCCGGGCAAUCCAUCCUCAAGAUCUUAUGAAGGCAGUGGAGCCGUCCAAUAAUUCUACCUGCCAAGAUUCAUGUCCAGGCCAAUCUGUUGUCGAACAUCAGUGCCGGGCUUUAGAACCAGCAGCCGCUCAGCAGCUACAAGACCUAGAGACGGACAGUACAAAGUUGCUGGAACGGUUAGAGCAGGCAAAAACAAGAGCCCUUAGCCGGACCUGGGCGGAUACCGAUUUCCAAACAGAGAUGCUUCUAUCAAUCAUUCGAGAUGCACAGACAAUUAUUAGAACACAUCAGCGCCUUCUUGCCGUGUAA